UUCCCAGGGCGGGCUCGCCUCUCGCCCCCAGCAUCUCUGCGGCCGCCCCCGGAGGAAGCGCUUCCUUUACUGCACGGAGGAUGAAUGUCUCUGCAAGGUCAUCUCUGCCUUCGGCUGCGCGGCGGCAUUGAAGAUUGGCUCUAAGGGAAAGUUGUUCCUGACCACGAUCCCCUUGAUACAAACACUGCUCUGCAAGAGUAUUGCUGGAGGAAGCUGACUGCAAGCUACAGCUCAGAAAAAUUCCAUGGGGACGGUACCAGAUCCUCUGAGGUCUGCCAAACUUUUGUUGGUUGCCGCUUCUGAAGAGAGAGAUUGCCUGGGAGAUCCGCAAUCCACUAAGCACCAGCACAAACAAGCAAGCCUAGAGAGGAGCAGUAAUGGCAUUUCUUACACCACGGCUGAAGCUGCUGGAGUUUGCUUGUUUGACCUGAACUGUACUGUAGUGUCCGACAUUCAAGGGGAUGAGCACCUCUGUGGGGAUGAUACUAGCCAGCCAGACAUGUUUUUGCCUGGGUCCUUCAGCCAAGCUGAAGAAGUGCCUCCUGCAUGUACAGAAUCGGCCAGUAACUCGGAGCAAAGGGGCAGCAAUGACUCCACAGUGCAAGCACAGAUUGUAGCAAGAACCUGUGCAGCUGGGCAUGCAACGGAUAUGACGCCAGCUACCCACAAUUCCAACCAGCUUCUACAAAGUGACCUACCAAGGAUAAGGUCACUGGCACAAGUUGAUGACUGUGCAGUGAAGGUCUGUAGGAUGAAUGAUCCGGCAGAACUUCAGGAGUUAAAUUAUCCUUCCCCAGACAACACUAUCAAGGGUAGUGAGUCCUGUCACCAUUCUUCUCAAGCAAAUACCCUGCAAAGAAUAGACAUGGAAAAAGAAAAAGCAGUGGAAAUAAAUGACCCCGGCUUCUCUCUGGCAGCCACUCCAGUGAGGGACUUUGAAGCUAUUCCUGAUCUGGGGAUCAGGCCACAGGUUUAUUCAGAAGCAGAGAUAAGGGCUGCAAAUGAUGUGAAAUCCUGUCCCACUUUUAGGACUGCCCUUGCACAGAGCAAUGAGGCUCUGCCACCAUCCAGUUUUGAGGAGACACCACCCAUGUGCAAGGCAGAGAUGGAGAAAACAGGACCAGUGUUGCCUCAGCUCUCCAGGUUCAGAGAAGCAAGUACAAUGACAGUCCAGCCUGAGAGCACAUCUUUAACUCGGGAGGCAGUACACAGGACGUGGCGUGAUGCUGAGGUUCAGGCAGUGGCCAGUAUGGAGAGCAAAUCCGCUUCCACCAGCCCAAGUAUCCUUGCUGCAUUCUUCAAGGGGAAUCCUCCUUUGGAGGCAAAGGAGCAAUUGCACAUCAUUUAUCAGAGUGGUGGUGGGCAGAACCAGUCAGAACUUGCUGUCGACUUUGCAUCACUCCAAAAGCCAGCCUUGUGUCCUGGUAUCCUACCAGAAGUGUGUGCUCUGACAGCGGGGAUGGAUACAGUGAAAGCUCAGCCUACCAAACUACAAAAGCAUCAGGGAGACCCACCUGACACCAUCUGUCCAGUGCUGUCAGGUAGCACAACACCUGCCUGUCCAGGUCCACAAGGAGCCGGGAACACCCAAGGAACACCUGCUGACAGGGCAGAAACACAAGUAGCCUGCUUGGCCAGAGACAGCACAGACAUUCCUCAGCUACCAUCAGAUGCUGCAGUCUUACUGAAGGCAAAACCUGUUUACCAGAUUACGGUUAACACCAGUAAUCAGCCUGCAGCCCCUCAAGAGUCUGGUGAUGGUGAACCCCACCCGUCUCCAUUUGCAGCAGUCCCAGAAGCCAGCAACAACUUUCCACACCAAGUCAGUGAUUCAGAAAGUAACCAGUCACCUGGACACGGUAGUGUACCCCAUGGAACUGAGCAGACUGAGACCCUGUGCAGCGCAGCUGGUAACAGCACUGAUAGAAAGCCUUCGCUGUUCCAAAGUGUUGAUGAAGUGCGAAUCAGUCCGGCUAAUGUCAAAACAGAGAGAAAGCCAAAGAAGGAAGAAAAGCUAAUGUUGCUUGAUUCUAAAGGAGGCGUUAACACCAGUACUGGAGCUGCUGCUGGCUCUAUGAAGGUGUAUGCACCAGGCACAGUUAAAACAGAGCAGGAUAAAAUGUUGGAAGAAACUAAUCGGGCAAAGAAGUCCAGCAGCCUGAGUCUGCAAGCUGGAUUUGCACCUGAGUUGAAUAUGAAUUCUACCCAUGACACCCAUAGGCUGGGGACCCCAACAGCUCCACCAGAUCAAAUUAGCAAGGCCAGUGAAGCCAGGAAGGAACCAACAGCUGUUCCUGCCUCUGCUCCAUUACUGCCACGUCUUGGGGAAAAGAAGAAAAAGCCCACGGUGGCCACAGAGGCAAAUGUACAGGUGCAGCAAUCCAAGCACAUCAGAGAUGUUGUGUGGGAUGAACAAGGCAUGACGUGGGAGGUGUAUGGUGCUUCGCUAGACCCAGAGUCACUGGGGAUCGCUAUCCAAAAUCACUUACAAAGACAAAUACGAGAACAUGAGAAACUGAUCAGGGCACAAAGCACCCAGAACCGGAAAUCAAUUUCCUCGGAGACGUCUUCAAAUAAGAAACUUAAAGGGAGGCAGCAUAAUGUGUUCCAGUCCAUGCUGCAGAACUUUAGGCGACCUAACUGCUGUGUCCGACCUGCUCCUUCUUCUGUGUUAGACUGAUGGGGGUUUGAGUGUCCACAGGGACAACCCCUCCCCCAAAGGUGGAAAGAAACCCCACUGCUCAGUUGUAUUAUCUGGGAUUCUGAUGCAGUGACCGUGGAAAUUCUUACCUGAAAUUUUCAGAAUAGUCACUACAUUGUCCCUGGAUGAGGUAUCACCCCUUUGUUAUUUCUGUAGUAGACCCUCAUCCAGUCUACUGUCAAAUGAAAAGCGAGGCACUUCACAAAAGCACAAUUUUAAAUUGCCAAUGUACUGCAAUGAGAAUGGGAUCUCCUGACAAGACACGAGGCAGAGAGAAGAACAGCAUAAGUGUUUUUCAAAAGUGAUCUUUGUUGUAUCACAAGGACUAGCAUAAAGUGUGGUGGUGGUGGUGGUGGUGGUUCUUUUUAAUUAAACUAACCUUAAAUAGCUGUAAACACACACAUACUCUCCAAUACUAACAAAUACAAAUUUCUUUUAAAAAAUCUGCAUUGAGUUAAGUGCAUGAAAGGAAUAAGGGGUUAAUAGCUUUCAGUGAUAACAACAUAUAAAAGGGGAAUUUUCAAAAGACACCAAGGUAGGUAAGUGCUCGUCUCCCCUUGAAAUAUAACAACAUUUGAUUUCCUAGCUUGUUAGGAAAUCCCAGCAUUAACUAAUAAAAGAUAACUGUUGAUGAGGGCAAUCGCUAGAGCUAGCCAUUAAAAUUCAGAAGUAGAGAGGUAAUUAUGAGGAAUGCUCUGUAGUCCUUUUACAAUUCUGUUUAUUUUAAAAGAAAAGAGCUUUCAGGCAUAUUCUUUCCAAAGAGAAGAAUGGUGAGCAAAUCAAAUAUGAGUUUUCAAAUCAUUCUCGCUUCCACAGAAACAAGUUAGAUUCUCUACUGUACAGUUACUUGCAUCUGACCGCAAGUCACCUUUUUGUGUGUUGGUAAAUCUUUGUUCCACGCUCCAGGGGGAGAGAUCCGGCUCAGAUUCUGAACAUGUAAAAACUGACUUGAGCCCAUAUUGUCUCUCAAGCCUGCAAGUUGGUAGGAAUUCCAAACUGGGAGGGCUUGAAGAAUUAGCCACAAACAUACAGAUAAAUUAUUGCCCAGUCCUGCAACUCUAUGGGAGCGCCUCCUGUGGAGCGCUUGCAGCAUUGGGCCCUUAGCCAUGAACUUGCAGCUUCCAAGUAACUUGAUCAUGUUGCACUAACAUGAAUGCAGUUGUUUUACACAGAUGCUCAUGGGAAAUGAAUUCCAAGCUUGCACGCCCAAGUGCUCGUAAAUAACAAACGUUAAAUUUACACACAUGAGUACUUAGAAGUAGUAAAUUUUAUAUACAGUUGGACAUGGCUUGUCCCUGCAGGGGAAAGGGUUCCAACAGACAAAACUAAGUGAGGAACAGAAGCAGUUAAAUCAGCCAGCCAUAGAUCUGACUGCACCUUGGCAAGUAGGACCAAGCACAGUCAUGCAUUACUUUUUAUAGCAGUGAUGAGAAAAAAAUAUAUUUAUAAUCCUCACCAAGCUAGUAAAUUUCACAGAGGUCUAACUAGUGUAGGAACAAUGCCUCCAGCAAGGUCUGAGAGAACUGUUACCUCUCCCUAAACUGUUACCUGUCCUUGAGAGAGUCAGAGCCUCAGUAGUGUUUUCAGACACUUCCUCUUGAUCCUAAAAGUGCUGCUGAACUGGUCAGAGAGAAGAACCCCAAUUAGCCAACACAGCCCCAAAUAAAUAUUCACAGCAAACUGUAAGCAAUCAAUUCAUAAAGUAAAGAGAUAACUAUAUGCUGAACAAAUUCAAACAAUUUGAAUAAACCUGUGAAAAUUCUGAUCUACUUGCUGCAUGUCUACAAUGCAAUAAAACAGCCGCGGUUGGCCCAUACCAACUGGCUCGGACUAAGGGGCUGUUUAAUGACAGUGUAGAUGUUUGGGCUUAG